CGACCGUUUUUGCUGGCAGGCGGGGAGAGUAGUGGUGUGCUGUGUGUGUGUGUGUGCGUGUAGUGAGGAGAUUCCGUUCACUAGACAACAAUUCCCAUCAUCAGCUGCUGUCGUUCGGUGGCUGCGUGGCUGCUGGUUGCUGGAGCAUUUCCAUCGCAUCGGCCUUUCCCCUGGAGUCUGUUGGCAAUGUACAGCGCAUUAACGUACACGUAGUGCUCGUGUGACUCCCUGCUGAUGGGGAGGAAGUAUUUGCGAACGACAUCACACCGCAGUUACACCUCUCGUUACACCGGAUUGAGAGGCAAAGUUUCUACCUUCCCGCCGGACCGGGCUGCUGGGAUUGUAUGGCAUCGGCACUUGAUUUGCGUCGUGCACCGUAAAGCUGCAACCUGACCAUACAGCAACGAGGCUGACGGGGAAUCCCACUGGCAGGAAUUGACACAGGCCUUUAAGCAACGUUUAGUCUUCCCUCGUGACCAAACACACCCGCGACGACCGAGCACCAGGAACCAGGAACAAAAAGGGAUCACUAGAGAGGGAGCCGGCAAAGUGACGUUGCUGUAAGCCACAAACACACAUCAUCCCCGGUACACGGCCGUUGGACGGUUCGCGAGCUCCACCACCCAUUACUUAUGGACCAUUCGGAGCAUCACGACUACAGCCAGCACGCAAACAUGUCGAGUGGAGGAGCGCACGCAGGACAUACCGGGCACGGGACAGUGGACCACAGUGCACACGAUCACACGAUGAUGGAUCAUGGGGCGCACGAUCACCAUCACGGGGCGGCCGGCGGCAUGGGUGCGGCCAGCCCUGCCGGAAUGGUGCACCACAUGAUGUCGAUGUCGUUUCACGGCGGCUACGAUGAGACGAUUCUGUUCGAGCAGUGGAAAAUCGAUAGUCUGAGCGGGCUGCUCUGGUCGAUGCUGCUCAUCUUCGUGAUGGCCGCACUGUACGAGGGCUUGAAGUACUACCGGGAGCAUCUGUUCUGGCGAACGUACAACGCGCUCCAGUACCGCCCGGUCACCGUGACGGAGAAAAGCAACGGCAACGGUGUGACGGUGGCCGGAGGCACAGCGACCGACGACCGGGCCGGCGGUGCCGGCGUGGGCGAUGGUCUCAAUGGAGCCAGCGGCACCGGCACGUCCGCUGAGGAGGGCGCCCGCAUUGUGCACAUGGUUGGCGAAGUGAUCCACAAGCAACCAAGCCAGUACAGACCGACGAUGCUGUCGCUGAUGCACCUGUUCCAAACGCUGCUGCACAUCCUACAGGUCACGUUAAGCUUCCUGCUGAUGCUGAUCUUCAUGACGUACAACACGUGGCUCUGUCUGGCGGUGGUCCUGGGUGCCGCCCUUGGGUAUUUCCUGUUCGGUUGGAAAAAGUCCGUCAUCGUCGACGUUACUGAGCACUGUCACUAAAAGACGCCACCACCACCACCACAUCCCGCGAUCGGCAAUACAGCAUUCUGUCUGGCUCUGGCGCCGAUGGUGGUCACAUCGACCCGGCCCGAUGUUCUUCCAUAAUAGGCGUUCGGCCGUCAAACGACCUGUUUCUAUCGGCUGUUGAGAGCUAUGAACUAUGAAUUCUGUGGUUUUUUGUAGUGUAAAAAGGGGGAGGAGGUAGAAAAGUGGGAGGGCAAACAUCGAAAAACAAAAAGACAUGGUCCGCGAUUACGGCUAGCGUUCGGACAGCAACAAGAGAGGCGAACAAAAAUAUGGGGUGCACAGAGUUGGAUUGUCCUGGUACCACCAUCGAGCUGGUUGAUUGUCAUCGACAGUUGCAGGAGAUCGCCGGCAAUACAUACCAGGGCAUAUUAUAUUAGUUGUGCAAUACGAAUUUACCUGUUUUGGAAAUGACCUACGGGGUACGCUGACCGGGGCCCGCCCUAGCGCCAUGGAUCGCCACAUUGUGUUUGGUCGCGGUGUCGUGUAUUUAUAGCUAAUUGGUAUCUCGAGUGAAGUUAGUGGAAAACACCCAUUUGCCGAAUUCAUCGCGGACGGUGGUAGUAGUACAUUUUAUUACGCUCAAGUUAAACAAACAAAAGAUGAAAAAAAUCAACAAAACAUUUACUAGGGAGCCGUUAGAGGGGUGGGUUGGUUUUUUAAACCGUUUCGCGCUCAAACUAAGAGAAAGGAUUUGUUUUUGUGCAACAAGCGUUGCGGCAAACACACACCACUUUUCAAACUAAACCCACUUAAGGCGAAAAGUUUCCUAUCGACAAUGUUACUAGCAAACACACCGACACAGAACAAAAAAAAACGAAAGACAAACACAAACCCUUUUUGUAAAUAACAUAAUCAAUGGUGCCGAGUGUGAGGGGGGUAGAGAGGGGGGGAAGGAGGUUCAUGCAAGCCGCUAGAACAGGUGUAUAAGUGCUGCGACGAUAUCAUAUUACACCGUUACACACGGUCACCACACACACGCGCGCCCGUGUGAAGAAAAGCGUGUAUGAGUUUUUAUUCUUGUACAGGAUGCUGGCACAUGUUGCGGCGGUAGUGGUGGAACGCACACUAAAUGGAGCAAAAAACAGAGCCGCAAGUUAAGGAGCACAGGACCGAAUCCAGUAAAACACCUUCCGUGUGUGUGUCUCUACGUGUACGUGUAAGAAAGGAAAGGGCAUAUUUUAGGGAGGAAUUGAAUCAAAAUGGCUGUUGGAUGUAUUUUUAACAAGAAAAAAAAUCAAUCCCUUAGAUGUUUGCAUUAUAUUAGUACACAGCAGAGAAUUCCAAUAUCGCCAGGUGCAUCCGUUUUUGUAUUGGGCAGGCUUAUUAGGGCAGGAAAGCAAGCAUUAAUUGGCAGGCAAAAGAACAAGAACAAGAAAAAGCAACACCUUCCAUUCGUUUCCGAAAUAGCAAAACGAAACAAAACAUUAAAAAAUGGUCAGUUAGUACUACGAAGUGUUAAAUCCAGCAUCCAUUCGUCUGCGCAAUAUCUGCGCCAGAAGAGCUCCAUUUGUCUUUUACAUUCUCUGCCACGGUGUUAAUAAUGUAGCUGCAGUUUUCGUUGCUUUCGUCUGCUGCAGUAACAAACCCUUCCAAAACCCCUGCCACCCACCACCCACCAACCACUACCAUCCAAGGUUUUUGUUUGUUUGUUUAGUUUUUAAAUAUCCCUUUCCGUACGACCGCGUUCUUUCGGUAGUGUAGACCAUAAGUUUAUAUCUUUCUUUCUUUUUUUAUAUCCAUGUUGAUUAUGUUAUGUGUUUCGUUCUGUUAGCUAGUGUAGAAUAAGCAGUUAAGUUGGAGCUUUUGAAACAAACAAGCAAACAAAAAAGCACACACAUACAAACACAAAUACCACUGAGAGUGAAGGGCGAUGUUAAGCGAUCGCUUUUGUUAUGAACAAAAUUAUACAAAAAAAAAACAACCCAAAACCCCGAUUCGGACCGGUAACAAACAAGCGGAUUGCUUACUCAGGCGGUGCUGCUGACACAUGAUGGAGAUGGAAACGGACAGUGUAAAUCGUUAAAAUUGUAAUACACGAAGGAGCGUGCGCGCCUCCUCCGCGUGGAAUUUAGAUAGGGAUGAUUUUAAGACGAACAACAGGAACUGCAGCGGAAGAAGAGGAAACAGAAACACGAGAUUAGGCGCUGAACGUUAUUUAGAAUUUAGAGCUUGUGUUUGUUUUGGUACUGCCGGGGGUUGGUGUCCAGGGUUAGAGUGGCACUCGUUGUUAUCUAUCGUGCCAGCCAGGGCCAGGGCGAGGAGGAGGAGGAGGAAGUUUUGUUGGCGUUACAGUUUCGCAUUACGAUAUUGGUCAUUAUUGCCACUGAUUGGUUUUUUUUCAUUUUUAUUUUCUACUCCCUUGGCUAUUAAUUUCAUUCUCACUGGUUAGAACGUUUUAUCUCCUCUAGUUUAGAGUGGUUUAGACUUUAGUGAACUCUAAUAGUGAUUUAUUCUCUUUUUUAUACAAAAAAUAUAUAUACACAUAAAAUACACAACAAAAAAAGAA